AUGGUUGGCGUCGGCGGUCGCAGCAAAGGAUGUAAGACUUGCCGCCGGCGCAAGGUGAAGUGCGACGAGGAGAAACCCACCUGUAGCCGAUGCCGAAAGGCGAAUAUCAAGUGCGAGGGAUACGUGCAGUUUGCGGAAUUUAUCCACGUUAAUGACCGCGAUGCGGGCAAGCCACUCGUCAAGAGGAGGGCGUCCAAGCCGGCCCAGGCGCCCUCGUCCGUGAGCGAUGCCAGCGAAGCCAGUGCUGCGAGUUCGAACUCGGAGUACUGCAUGGAGUUGUCGCUACAAAAUUUCUGCUUGAUAGAACCGCUGUACGUGAACCCAGCCUGGGAUCAGCAAAGUAUGUUUACAUCGCAUUUGAUCCAGCGGAUGUUUUCCUGGAGCAACAACCCGUCAUCGCCUUUCUCGGCGGCGUGGGUCCAAGUCCUCCUUCGCGACUCGAAGGAAUCGCCUGUUCUGUCGCAUGCGUCUAUCCAAGCGCUCUCCACUUCAUUCUUUGGGAAGGUCCAUGGAGACCGGCAGAUCAUGCAACAAGGUGCAGCUCACUAUUUCCGCGCAUUAAGGGCAUUGCAAGUCGACUUACAAGACCCAAAUCGUGUCACUGACGAUGCUACUCUGAUGGCGGUCCUUAUCAUGGCAAUCUAUGAACUGGUUGCCUCUGAACACCCAUCUGGGUGGCUGAAUCACUAUAAAGGACUUGCGCGACUGGUUCUUUUGAGGGGGCCCGAGGCACAUCAGACGGGCGUCGGCUUCAAUGUGUUUUCCACUUUGAGAUCUUGCUUGGCGAUUGGAUACAUCAUUGAGCGGAAACACCUUUUCUUGGAAAACAUAGAAUGGAAAACAAUACCAUGGGCCAUCCAAGGGCUAGAUUCCAAGGUUCCAUUGCAAGAACUUCACGACUACAUGGUUGAUGUACCGGGUAUCCUUGAGGACAUGGACACCUUGGUAGCAUGGCCCCCCGGAGUCCCAGGCCGUAGCGAGUUCAAAGACCAAGCCGCACAGCGAGCGCUGGAACUCCUGAACUUACUCUAUGCUUGGCAUUGGGAAUGGAUCCGGAAGUUCCCAUCUGCUACUUUCACCAUCUCCACAGCCGGCCUCGACCCUGAGACUGCAAUGCCGAUACCCCCUUCUCCGUUUGAAUCGAUUCUUUGGUUCAAUGAUUCGUACCGUGGUACAGAGCUAAUCACUUACAAUGCGCUUCGACUAAUCUUGAUGAUCUGCCUGGAACUGACGGGUAUCCUUACGCCUGGGAUACCUUCCGCGAUAGGGGUGAAUGAUCCUCUGCUGCCGAUGCAAGGUACCCGACAUGACAUCGCUGUGGAAAUCUGCAGGAUGGCCGACUACCACCUGCACAGCUUCCGUCGCAGCUUAGGGGCUUUUAUCAUCCUCUUCCCAUUGAACGUGGCCCUCGUGCAUCUCGAUGAAAACGCGACUGAGAUCAAGCGAUGGCUCCGCCAGAAGAUGGCCCGGGUGGCAGAUUCCUACGGAUUCGAAGUUGGACGCGAUGAUGUGAACCCCAAAGUGCACCAGACUCCACUACUUGUCAAAGUGAAAGCCCUGUUAGCAGAUUCAUCACAUUAA